GAGAGAAAAGUUGGGAAAAUGUCGCCCCAGUCAGAAAAUUGUAAGAAUUAAAUGUUUUUAUUGUCUUGAUACAAAAGUUGAAGUGUUUUUCAACUUUUAAACAGAUCUUUGGGAUACACAGUUAAUUAUUAUUGUUGAAUCCCAGAAUCAUUUGAAAAAAGAUUGUCUAUGUAUACAAAUUAAUUUCUGUUGCACAAGCAAACCCAGCGUGGACUAUAUGCUAAGCGCCAUAGUUUUUUAUCGAAAGGGGUUACAAUACGUUUUGAAAGUAAGUGUAGAAUUAAUGGUAAAAAUUAAGAUUUCGCUACCAUGCAUACUGUGAUGGGUCUUUCAGCACUGGAUUGAUAAUCGGAAGCAGAAAGAAAAGAGGAUUGUUGCCCCCCUUUCGAAGAAGCAAAAGAUAAAAGCUAAGCUGUACAAGAGAAGACUUUGUGGGUUUGAUUUCUUCAAAAGAGAACUUUUGUCAGCUGAAGGUAUUAUAUUACCCAACUGCAUCAACUUCAUUUUACUUACUUAGAGGUUACUCUGUAGUUUUAUGUUUAAUAGGUGAUUAACUCAUGAAUGGGUGACAAGGUUGUAAUACAUCUCUUUGCUCAGGGCCAUCGCUAAACACUUCACUUAUGGAGUGCCAGUGAACUUGCCGACGGCGGUGUCAAUGAACUUGCUGACGAUCUAACUAAAGGUGUAAUACGUAUGCAACUGUGAUGGCUUGUAUAUGCAUCUGUUUUUUGGCCAUUUUUUUAAUAACAAUCUAUAAAUAUAUUUUGUAGUGUCUGAGGAGAACCCACCAUCUCUUGUUCUUUCUAAAGCCAAUAAGCUUUGGGCAUCAUUUUCUGCCAGAGAAAAGGCUGUUUAUGAGGUACAAGCUAAGUCAUUUACACCACCAGAGAUCUCAGACCUUGAGGAGUCUGAAAAGAGAGGAUAUGUAAGAAGCAUAAAAGUGCGGAUGAAAGAACUUUGUGAUAAGUUAGGAGCCUGUGACCAAGAAGUAGUUGUCCUUGUUGCCGAUUUAACAAAAUCUAAAACAACUGUUUUCGGGACUGAGAAAGCAGUAGAAUACAUAGAUUCACAACCCCAUGUGGAAGUCAAUCUCUUAAGCUUUUGUGAAGGGAUACUACCUGCAAACAAGGAUAAUCAAUGUGGCAAACUCAGAGAGGAGGUGCAGAGGAUGUUUAACCAGAAAAUCAAUGAGGCAACGAAUGGAAAAUGCAGGCGUGUUUCGUAUAAAAUGGUGGAAGAUGGAAAAAUAAAAGCAACUGGUCUUCCAAUGAAUGUUACUUUGAAAAAGCCAUCAGCAUAUGGGAAGCAAUAUUUGAUUUGGUAA